AUGGCUCGAAGCAACCCCGCUUCCCCAGCCGACUCACCCGAAUCUCCAAAACCACCAUCAUCACCACCACCUAAGUCACAAGGAACCUUACACCUUAUCCAUCCAUCUGAGAAAAAGAAAAAAGUUAAGCUUUUUCGAGUUGUUCGCUCAGUUUUUCGAUCUUUUCCUAUUAUAAAUCCGGUAUGCAAGAUUCCAGUCCUCCAAGGUAGCUCACCGGACAAUCAUCAUACCUACUUUUCAGGAAAUCGAGUCACCGGAACUUUAUUCGGACAUCGUAAAGGUAGAGUAAGCUUGUCCAUACAAGAAAGUCCCAUGUGCUAUCCUUCUUUAGUUGUUGAACUAGCCGUACAGACCAAUGCGUUACAGAAGAAGUUAGGUUCAGGGAUGGUGAGAAUUGCCCUGGAAUGCGAAAAGAGAACAGAUAAAGAGAAGGUUAAGUUAUUAGAAGAACCAGUAUGGAACAUGUUUUGCAAUGGAAAAAAGAAUGGGUAUGGUGUGAAAAGAGAUCCCACAGAAGAUGAUCUCCGAGUGAUGGAGCUCCUAAGGGCUGUGUCCAUGGGAGCUGGAGUUUUGCCAGGGAAUUCUGAGAUUGAGGGUCCUGAUGGGGACCUUGCCUACAUCAGGGCCCAUUUUGAUCGUGUGGUUGGUUCCAAGGAUUCAGAAACUCUAUACAUGAUCAGCCCAGAUGGGAACAGUGGGCCUGAGCUCAGUAUAUUUUUCAUCAGGGUCUGA